GCUGCCGUGGUGCCAUCGGCCCAGACCCUCAAGAUCACAGACUUCUGCUUCAGUGACUUCGAGCUGUCGGACCUGGAGACGGCCCUGUGCACGGUCCGGAUGUUCACUGACCUCCGCCUCGUGCAGCGCUUCCAGAUGAAGCAUGAGGUGCUGUGCAGGUGGGUCCUGAGUGUGAAGAAGAACUACCGGAAGCAUGUGGCCUACCACAACUGGAGGCACGCCUUCAACACUGCCCAGUGCAUGUUCGCUGCCCUGAGAGCCGGCAAGAUCCAGAACAAGCUGACCGACCUGGAGGUCCUGGCGCUGCUGAUCGCCGCGCUGAGCCACGACCUGGAUCACCGCGGCGUGAACAACUCCUACAUACAGCGGACAGAGCACCCGCUGGCCCAGCUGUACUGCCACUCCAUCAUGGAGCACCACCACUUCGACCAGUGCCUGAUGAUCCUCAACAGCCCGGGCAAUCAGAUUCUCAGCGGCCUCUCCGUUGAAGAAUACAAGGCCGCGCUGAAGGUGAUCAAGCAAGCCAUCCUGGCCACAGACCUGGCGCUGUACAUCAAGAGGCGAGGGGAAUUUUUUGAACUCAUAAGAAAGAACCAAUUCAACCUGGAAGACCCUCAUCAGAAGGAGUUGUUUCUAGCAAUGCUGAUGACGGCCUGCGAUCUUUCUGCAAUCACAAAACCCUGGCCCAUCCAGCAACGGAUAGCAGAACUGGUAGCAACUGAAUUUUUUGACCAAGGAGACAGAGAGAGGAAGGAACUCAACAUCGAGCCCACCGAUUUGAUGAACAGGGAGAAGAAGAACAAGAUCCCCAGCAUGCAGGUCGGGUUCAUCGACGCCGUCUGCCUGCAGCUCUACGAGGCCCUGACCCACGUGUCGGAGGACUGCCGGCCCUUGCUGGAGGGCUGCCAGAGGAACAGGCAGAAGUGGCAGGCCCUGGCAGAGCAGCAGGAGAAGACGCUGGUCAACGGGGAGAGCGGCCAGGCCAAGCGGAACUGAGGGGCUGUUGGCGCGGCGUGGAGACUCCGAGGCACCUCUGGGAGCCCCAGCCCACUGUGCGCCGAGCAGACCGUCCACACUUGGCCACUGCUGUGUUCUUGUUUCUGCACGGCUUUCGAGAGCACCAUGACGUGUUUUCAGGGGACGUUUCCACAGGUUCUGGGCAUGUCUGUGCCGCGGGAAGCCCACGGCCAGGUGGGGCUGUGUGUGCUGGGGGGUGUGGGUGCCGCUCUGCCGCUGCUUCCUGCCUGGGUUUAUGAGAACCGGCUCCCGUGGUUGGGAGUCUUGCUUGUCUCAAGAGGCCGGAAGGACUGUGUGUGAGCCCUGGUGGGCCUGCUGGGGGCCAGGUGGGGUUAGGAGGAACAAGGGUCUGCUCAGGUGGAAAGAGUGUGAGGCCACAUCGCAAGGAAAAUGCAUCCACUGACCUGCUGCUUUGUGAAAGAAUGGGGGUGGGGCUUGGCCAUCCCCCCAGGACCCCCAGCAAGGGCCGCCCGUCUCACCUGCAGGGGUCAGCAGGUCAGCGGAGAAGCCCCAUUCCACCACCAGCCAAACACAUGCCGUGGGAGGUCCUGCUGAGAAGCAGUUUUGAAAUCUGAACUUUUGAAAAUAAUCUUGUCCUCUUCCACGUCCUUCCAAACCACACCUAGAUCCCAACGUGAUUGUUGGAGCGCUGACCUGGAGGGACACCGGGCUCCAGGACGGAGCUCCAUCUCUCUUCCUUCAGUCUGUCAGGUGGACCCUGGAGGAGAGUUGGACUGUGUCGGCAGCAGGGCUCUGAUCCGGAGCUGUGGGCAGAGCUGAGGGAGCAGGAAGGGCACCUCCGCCCAGUGAGGUCAGGAGCACCGCGGCUGAGAAGCUGCGGUCAGCUCACAAGGCGAGCAGGGCCUGAGCACGAGGCCUGGGCACUGCCCUCGGCCCGCAGUGCGGGUGGCCCUGCAGCUCCCAGUCAGUGCGCACCCUCCUGGGGUUUGAGCCCACCUCAGCGUGCCCCUGAGUUCCCGCUGGCCCAGCGUUGGGGGAGUGGACAGUGGAGCAGGUGGCACCCGAGAGGAACUCUGCCCCAUGCGUGCGGAGACCUUUGGAUCUGGGGGGAGCAGGAGGAGAGACUUGGCCUGUCAGCGUCCACCUGCGUUAGUCAGGUUUGCUGUGACCAGAACAGCUGACGAGGACCACAGAGAGGAGCUCCGGGUUCAGUCCGUGGUGACCGCUUCGCUGCCCUGAGCCUGGUAGAGGAGGCACUUAUCUCCCUGCAGCUGGGAAGGGGGCAGGGGCCGUGGUGGAGAAGCACCCUUGGGGCAGCCCCAUGACCCACCUCCUCCACCACACCCCACCCACAGUCGCCCCCAGUGGGUCCCUUCCAGCCAGGGCGGCUCUCACCACCCGGUCUCUUCUCCUCUGCAUGCUCCUGCCCCGACGGGAGCUCUGGGCACCUCCCGUGACCCGCAGCACACCCUCCCACUUUCUUACAGGGAGGGGAAGUGUCUGCUCUGGGUAGCUGUCACUAAGGUGGACAGGAGCCCUGGGUGUGGGUGUGCCGUGGCCUCAAGGUCUUUCAGUGCUCUUGACUCCUGUUCACAUCCUCUAACGCCCUAAAACUCAGCGUGUUCCCCUUAGUGCUGUGCGUGCGUGUGUGUGUGUGUGUGUGUGUGUGUAUGUGUGAGCCCCCGGCUCUAUUCCUGCCAUUCAAGUCCAGAGAAGAGGCAGGAUAAAGUGUGGCCAUCACUGCACUGUGAGGCGCGUCCAGGGAGCUCUAGCUGGUGUUGCGGACCUGGACCUUCAGAAUGUUUUAUUUCAUGACACAGGUGAAAUCUAACAUUGCCUCUUGGUGGCACUGGAGUGUGAAUUACACAGACUCACCAGCAAUCGUCGUGUCUGCACACGGAACGCACCUGUGCACGCGUGCAUGAUUCUCUAGGGUAGACUCUCUGACAAGCUUCAUCACACACCUGUUAUGCCAAAAUACAGAGCCGCCCACUCUCGGGCAGUGUGCUCAGGCCCCUCUGGCGUGUGCCGCGAGACAACGCCGAUUCUGCGUGGAGGGUUUGGAUGUGUGUUUCAACAAGAAGGAGAUGCAUUCAGCUUAGGCGUUGGUUUGUUCUUAGAUAGCAGCUUAUUUUGUGUCACUGGUUUGGACCGUGAAGGAAGUUAGGCAGGGCCAGGCUCCGUGUCGCCACCGACACUGCAGCUCCGAGGCACCCCUGUGUCUGCAGGGCACGUCCUGGCUCCGCGUCCCCACUGGUGGGAACCAGUGGCAGAUGGGGACUGCUGCCUGGGGGCAGGGCACAGAUCAGUUUUUCUUCUGUGAAAGUUUCCUGUCCAGGAUCUUCAGGCUGGAGACAGAAACAGUCCCCCUCACCCCACCCUGUAUUCGUGGUUGCUGGGUUGGUUGGUCACAGCAGAGCAGGGUGAUGCCACUCCGCCUCGGGGUCAGCCGAGCAGUCCCGAGCUUUACUGGCGGGGCCAAGGGUGUCUGUGAAGCUCCUCCCCCUGUUCUCGAGCCCUGGCAUUGCAGGCACCGCCCGCGUGCAUUCAGGGCGCACUUGCCCUGAGCCUGAAUGUUGUAUUGUACAGAGCUGGGGAGGGCAAGGACACAGCCCCCCCGUGCCACAGGCCUCAGCCCACAGGUCCUUCUCACUUGCGUUUCCAAGAUGGAGAAGCCAAGGACGCACUGCUCCCCUGCCGGUCCCCUAAACGCCUCACCUGGGCACAGACCAGCUCCUGGCCACCAUCGGUGGGCGGUCUCCCUGUGAGCAGUGCUGGAGCUGGGGGAGCAGUCUGGAGCCAGGUCCCUGGAGGGAGCUGCGUCCCCAGCUCCUGCCGGUGCAGUGCCUUUCCCUCGGCAGGUGGCACAGGGCACACCUGGCCCAGAGCGGCCCAGGCUCUGGCUCCUGCUGUGUUUCAACAGGACUGAAUCAGACGCAGCGGCCGCCGUCCUCUCCUGCGGCCUGUGGGGGUGGCUCGGAAGGAGGUGUGUCGGGCUGAGCCUGUGCCCGGGUAGGAAGGGACACCACAGGGCCCGUCACUCCUCCCGUGCCCGGGCUUUUCCUCACCCCAGGCCUGCGCAGGGCCCUUCAGUGCGUGUCCUGCGUCCUCGUCCUGUGACAGCCUGGGGAGCAGCCAGGCAAGAGCAGCGUCUGCCCCCGCGCUGGCCAGGCUGUCGCGGCUGUGAACUGGGCAGUGCCGACCUCUGCUCAGGGGGCCCUCCCACACCUCCGAAGGCCCCCGUGGACACGUCCUUGAAUGUAGCCGGAAGCCAUGGGAUCGUAAAACUGUGGAUUGGUCCUGCAGCUUGGGAGAGGAGCCCGAGUCCCACAGCCACUGCCCCUGCCUGUUUGUACCUUAGGCCUUUUCACUACAUCUGAACAAAUAUAUAGUUUCUGACACUAUUUUUAUACUAGGACGAGGGAGUCACUGUGUACCUCAUGUUUAGCUUUGUAAUCUUGGUCACUGUCCUCUCCCACCCCUGAGCCACCCAGUGGCUCUUCUGUGCCACUCACCACCUCUGGCAGCUGUGAGGCCACCAGCCGGCCAGGGAGGCUCCUGCACUGUGCAGACCCUCCCAUCUGCUUCCUCCAGUUGCCCUGCUUUGCAAAAUAAAGAAUGAACUGGUCCAUGA